CGCAGCAUCCUCACCCCCUUUACUCAUUUUAGAUCUCCUUCAGUUUGCCUGCAAAAGGAUCUAUCAGAUCAACAAACAUGAAUGAUGAAGACAAUAAUGCCGUCUAUGACACAGUCCCAAAAGAGAGGAUGUAUGAGUUUCCCAUCCAGCCAAGAGAAAAUGAAGAUCCCCUUUAUGAUGAUGUCCAUGAAGACUCAAGGCCCGAAAACAAUCUAUAUGCCACCGAGCUAAAAGCUGACGAAUAUGAGUCUAUGUCUUUCUCUGUCUCUAGAGGAGAGGAGGACAGCUUGCCCUCCUCCCAACCAGAUGCAGGAGACUAUGUCCUACCUGAUGAGGUGCUUGAGGCCCAGGAUCCUCAGCGAGGUGAGCCCCUGGAGGACAGUGGCAUCUCGAUGGAAGAAUUGCAUUCGCCAACCCAGACCCAGGAGACCCAGCCAGAGGAGCCCCAGGAGAAUGGAAGCAGGGUGAAUAAAGACCUGCCUUCACCUUCAAGCUUCUCCAUCCAGCACAGCAAGGCCUUCUCCAUCAGCGGGGAUUCUCCAACGAUCUGCUCUAGAGCUAAUGGCUUGGAAGAAAAUGAAGCCUCUUCCGUGAACCUGGAGAUUAACCUCUUUGUGAAGGCUGGAAUUGAUGGGGAAAGCAUUGGCAACUGUCCUUUCUCUCAGCGCCUCUUUAUGAUCCUCUGGCUGAAAGGAGUUGUGUUCAAUGUCACCACUGUGGAUCUGAAAAGAAAACCAGCUGACCUGCACAACCUAGCCCCAGGAACCCAUCCACCCUUCCUGACCUUCAAUGGAGACGUGAAGACAGAUGUCAAUAAGAUCGAGGAGUUCUUGGAGGAGAACUUAACCCCUGAAAAAUACCCCAAACUGGCAGCGAAACACCGGGAAUCCAACACGGCAGGCAUCGACAUCUUCUCCAAGUUCUCAGCCUACAUCAAAAACACAAAGCAGCAAAACAAUGCUGCCCUUGAGAGAGGCCUGACCAAGGCCCUGAAGAAACUGGAUGACUACCUAAACAACCCUCUGCCAGAGGAGAUCGAUGCCAAUACUCACGGGGACGAUGGACGAUCCCGGCGCAAGUUCCUGGACGGGGACGAGCUGACACUGGCUGACUGCAACCUGUUGCCCAAGCUCCAUGUGGUCAAGAUCGUGGCCAAGAAAUACCGCAACUACGACAUCCCCGCUGAGAUGACAGGUCUGUGGAGGUACCUCAAGAAUGCCUACGCCCGGGAUGAGUUCACCAACACCUGUGCAGCUGACAAAGAGAUCGAGCUGGCCUACGAGGACGUUGCCAAGCGGCUCAGCCGAUCCUGAGCUCAGCCACCUCGCCCCCUCCCUGCUGCACAAGGACACAGUCUCUCCCAGGCUUCACAGAUUCGGAUUCCUCUUCCACGUUGCCUUGGGGAAACUUCCGUUAUCACAGCCCCAUCUUGUUGGCAUCACCAGAACUCCAGCCUGCUCUCUUUUCACAAAGGUCAACACCAUAGCCUGUCUCGACACACAGGAAGCCGAUGAGCAGAAAUGAUGGAAACAGUCAACCUCUCCACCUUCUGGCCUGAUCUGGGUUCAUUGUACUGGGGGUUAGUGUCGGAGAAGCCCACCUGCAGGGUUGUCACUGGCCCCUUCUGCCAAUAUCAAAAUCUCUUCUCAGAUGCUUUAGAGACAUGCAACAUUGGCUCCUCUUCUACUCCUAGUCCUCAUCUGUAACUCCAGUGACCAAGGACAAAUGCCACCUUCAUUCUUAUUAGAAAGUGAAUGGGAGAGGACUGAGCUGGCUGUGGAUUUGAGCAUUUGACAGACACCAUCAGUCACUACUUUCUGACACUCCUGGUAUUGGGCAGUGAUGGCAAGAUUGGAAAAUUGCUCCAGAUGCCUUCUCGGUUUCUGCAGUGCUGGAAAUGUUGCAAAGCUGCUGGGCACCUGGCAGGCAUGGACACAGCUUUCCAUGCUGUCCGGGCAUUGCCAGGAAAGAAAAUUGACAUGCAGUUUCAAACGGGGGAUCGGAAGAGUGU